AUGUCGUCCGCAUCAAUAAAUGGAAUUUUCGCCGCGAGCGGCGAAAACCCCUACACGGGAAUCAUGUCCGGCGACCCAGACAGGACGUGGCAGAGGAAUCUGAAAAGCGCGGAUAUGGCGUAUAGAACUUGUUUUCAUACUACUUAGUACGUAAAACUAAAAGUUUAUUCAGGAUAAACGACCAUGGUACGCCAGCCUGCCUCGCAUGGCAAAUCGAUCUACUUCAAAUCUACUAUAUCACCAGCACAACCACAUCAAAAAAACAGCCGCCUCUCCCUGACGAAACGAAGGCUCUACGACAAGUCAGACCCACGAUACGCGGCACAGUAUAUGCGAUUGAAGCUGCACAGCAGACAAGCCAGGUCUAGCCGAAGCGUCGAGUCGGCGCAGUCAUCGCUGUACGAUUUAGACGCCUCCUAUGGAUGUGUCAGGAUCGAAAUCGACAAAAUCGAAAAAUUUGUGAUGCGUAAAAUGUGGGGCACUGAAGGCCUGUGUUGGGGUUGGGGAGCAUGCAAAUGAGACCGAUUGUAAGCCUGUUCAGGGGUACACAAUGUGCUGCCAGAGUAGCACUACAGGAGGAGUCUUCUUUGCCCAAACAGCAUGACAGACUGGAUUUGGGUAUUCCCGAAAUUAAUAUUUACAUUGCUUGACUUCCAGGUUCUGGUAACGCAUACCCCUGGCGACAGGUGGCCUCGACAGGUGACCUCGACAGGUGACCUCGACAGGUGACCUUGACAGGUGACCGCGACAGGUGAACGCCCUGCCUUGCCCCACUAGUGCCUCGCGCACUAAGCCACUAUGCGCGCGCCUGGUGUGAGGCGAGGGGCGGACGCUGCCCGCCCCGAUGCCGAACACCCUCUCCCACUAGCGCCACUAGGGACGGGCACAAGGCCCCAGCGUGGGGACCCUGUCCCCACGCUCGGGUGGGCCUUGUUUGUCAUGCGCCACUUGGAAACUGAGGCUUCAAUUGACUUCGAUUUUAUGCGUCACAAAUUUUUCGAUUUUGUCCAUUUUGAUUCUGACACUUCCAUACCUCAGACACGGAAUGGAGCAAAAACCCCAUGCACAGGUGUAUCCUGUGCACAAGUAUCGUACUCGUACGUUGUAAUUGCAGGCAUGCACGACAAAUCUGAUUUUCAAGGUAGAAUAGCAUGACAAAUUUAAUUUUUCACGCUGAAAAAUUUUUUAAUCCGAUUCAUACUAACGUGUUAGUACGGUACUUUUGCAAUGCAUAAGGUGGAGCAGAAAACGAUACUCCAGCUUCUGGCCGCACGAACACACGCUCAGGUUGGAGCAUCAUGCGAACAGGUAAUGAGUCGUAGAGCGUGGUUCUGAACAGAGCGAUGGUUUUUGUUGCAUGUUGACCUGCAUGUUGAGGAGAGGCGAAUGCGUUUGAUGUUUUUGUUUUGCGUCAGUAGUUGGUUCUGGCUCACAAAAAUGUACACCAUCACAGCCUCCGAUUCCCCGAGGCCAACAAACCCUCGAUGGUGCAGAACAACGCGAAUCACAAUGCCCCGGAGAUUAUGAACUGCAAAUAUGUUAUCUGGGUCUGGAAGAAUGCAACUUGUGAUGCUGUCUUUGGAUUCUAAAAAAAUCUGUAUUGCUUGAGUGACCAGUAAGAGGAGUCCAGUUUGUGCUAUGUGGAGAGGGCAUUUCUCCUGCGGUAUCGGAAUCAGGAAGCCCACUAAAAAUCUGUGAUGCUGGGUCAUGCAUUACAGGCGUCAUGGGUCAGGCACAAUAUGCACGACAAACCUUGCAAUCUUCCAGACCCAGACAUUAUAUAUGCAAUGCAUAGAGAUGAUUCCUGAGGAUUGGUCGCCACGAGACAGUACCUUCUCCGGCACGGGGUGGCACCGCAAGUCGAUAACGAGGGGUGGGGAGUACAGCCCGAACAGCAAAACGGGGAAAUUAGAAGCGUUUAAGGUGUCCCCGCGAAGCCCGCACCACAAGAACUUACACCAGGAAAUCCACGGAGACGCGUACGCGAGCGACAUGAGCGGGCUGAUAAAUGUGAAUGAGUCGGACGUAUCCUGUUGUGAACCAAAAGUACGUAGUAUCGCACAAUCGUGGUUCUGCAUGACAGAGUUUCUUUCUGUAGCGAAACCUGCAUGACAUACUCGAUGUUUUUUUGUUUCCAAGAAAUUAAAAUUUGUGAUGCAAAAUUAUCUACGUACUGUGCGAUAAAGUACAAGUUUGGCAAGUGCAUAGGACGACCUGCGGAACGACUUUAGUCAAGAUUUCUCUAUGCAAGGAAAAAACUGUGUAUAGUGUAUACUUUAUUGUUGUGCAGGCCGCGUUGCAAUACAGUUACACUUGUCAUGCUGGACGUGCAUCAGAGGCUAUUUUCAUACGUCUUUUCGCGUACUUGCUACGCAUGACAGGUUUUCUCUGUCAUGCAAAGCAAAUCUGUAAUGCUGUUCCUGCAAAAAAGUUACUCUUACACGCUUUUUUUCUUGGAUAUUCUCCCAGUUUAGUUCCAUGUACGACCCGGGGGAGAUGCAGAAUAUGGCCUUCAGUGUCGGAGUGGGGACGACGGGGGUAUAGAUAAAAGAAGAAAUUCGCUUUUAUGCAUGACAAAAGCGGUAUUUACUGCAGAACCCCGCAUGACAAAUCGAACAUACAAAAUCAUAUCAGCGCGGCUCCCGCGGCUACCUAGUGAGCAGAACGGCGGACCGAAGACCACAGACCACGCCGAUUUUAGCUUCGAACAACGGGAGGUCAGUCAGGGUAUCGAGAAACGUACAGUUCCAGGGCAGUUACGUGAACAACAGGACAAGGUAUAGCGGAUGUUUGUCUUGUUUGUUUGUCAUGCGUACAGAGAAGCAGCGCUCCUGUUUGUCAUGCAUGAUUAUGAUGAUGAGCGCAUUUGAAGCGUAAAUAUAGUUGACUGCUAUCACAGACCAACCGCCUCGCGCUUUAACGCCCCAGGAUUCGACUUCGGCACCGCGUACGACAAGGCGGGCUUCAGCGGCUACCGAGCGGGUAUGCAUUGCAAAAAUGUCUGGGUCUCAAAACUUGUGAUGCUAAAUGGCCAUCAUGAUUGACUGUGCCCUUAAGUGCAGUGCAGCAUGACAAAUUUUUCAUCAAACGCUCUGUCGUGCGCAGGACGCAUUACAACCUGCGUUUUUGCAUGACGAAAGUGGGGUGCUUUAUUUGCUGCUUAUGCAACACAGUUUUUUUUUCCAGACCCAGACAUAUUUGCAUUUGAUAGCGGGGAAUUACCCGUCUACCUCCGAUAUUGACGGGAACGACGCUCAUGGUCACAUUUACGACAGGAAAGAGAUGUUGAAACUCGACAAUGCUGUUAGGAACAAAAACGUCUCCGGACACGAGUGGGGCAGGAAACGCGGAAAUUGGUUCGAAAGGAGGGUAAACGUGGUGGACCACGCCUACAACGGGAUGUGGCCGGAGGUAUAAUUUUUUUACCGAUAAUUUUUGUUUUUGCAUGGCAUUCGCAAUAAACCAGUCUUGCAGCUGUUCUGCCAUCAACCAGCAUGACACGAGUAGAUUGUCGAAACUUAUCCACUUCUUGGUAUUUGUAAUACAGGAUUGGUCUCCCGUCGGGAAACUUUCCGCCAUGCAGAAACAGCACCGCGAGGUAGAGAUGAACAACGAGAGGAGAAUAUCCUCGGUAAAAACGUCCCCACCUCAUAGUCAAGAUGGGAAAUCUGCUAGACAAAUCUACCUACUUAGGGUGUUGCGCAUGACAAGAUCGGCGUCGUGCUGUCAUCCUGUUUACCUCGUUCACAAGCAUCACAAAUCUAGCGCACCAUGCUGAUUGGAGCAUUUAUAAAUUCCAAAACGCGACUAGAGGAUGAAUACCUGUCAUGGGGCUCCGCAUGAGAAACAUUUUGGGCAUGCGUUUCCGCAUGACAACGAACUCUGGGGUGGGGACGUCUUUACUCAGGAUUGAGAAAACGAGCCAACGACGCUUUGUGGGAGAAAACCAUGCGAAGACUCCGCGAAACGCGCAUGUACGACGAUUUUCACUCCUCCAAAUUCUACAAGCGAAGCAACAAAGCAAUGCAAAGAUCCCUCACCAUCGACAUUCCCACCGCCGGCGACAAAUAUGCAGGAACGCUUUUGCGACCGAUGGAGAGCGGCAAUCCAGUAUUAGCAUCAUCUUCUUCACCAGUGGUAAAUAAAGCCGGUGGAGGAGGUGGACCCCCGUUGACAAAAGACUCCGACUAUACCAAUGGACCGCUAAUGCCAUCUUCCACUCACGCUGGCGGGAAAACAACGGACUGCGAAUCAGUUUUCUCCAUGAACCCACAGCACAACCGGAGUCAGCAGCUAUCCGAUAUCCAUUGCAAAUACGUCUGGAUCUGGAAAGGUUGAACCUGUAUUGCGUGUAUCGCAUUCCAAAAAAAUCUGUAUUGCAGCAACAAGAAAAGGGCCGCACUUUCGUCAUGCAAAAUGGCAGUUGGUAAUGCGUGCUGCGCAUGAGAGAGCGUUUGAAAAAUUUGUCAUGCUGCGCCGCACUUCAAGGCGCGCUCAAUCAUGACCAUUCGGCAUUACAAGUUUCCAGACCCAGACGUAUUUGCAUUUGAUAUCCGACACGAGCAAACAAUUAUCCAACGUCGACGGAGGGGAGAAUUUGAACAGUCCAAACAGGAGCCCGAACACCAGGCAGAGGGAAGCGCAGCAACAGAUGACGGCGAUCAUGCAGAGUCAGGGAUCGGGGAACUUCCCGAAUUUGUCAGAAACGAGUAGGGACUCAUCUGCUCUGUUCCGGGCAGUAAACAGCCCGGCGCGAUUGUCGAAAGAGCCCCUCAAUGUGGCCAGGUCACAGACGAUUGUGAUGUAACGGUACUGUUGUCAUGAUGCACGACAAUUGCGAUAAAUUUUGAAACAACAACUUAAUCUUUCAAAAUGUUGGAUUUGGUGCUUGUAUGUUUCCAUGGUUCUACUGACCUUUGGUGCUUACUGAUUUUUUUUCGAAUUAGACUCGAAGCAAUAGCAAACUUAGUCAGAUAAUAUUACCUUUUUCCUUUAUUUUAGUCGAAUUUUAUACGAAUCCCGGAGCCACAGGGUAGAUCAGGAAGAGAAUGUCUACUUUUGGUUCCGGGUUUAGCGUAGACAAAAUCUAACGACCACGUUUAUUGCAACUUUUACCUUAGACAAUAUUUAUCUUACAGUUACAGCGAAAGCGAAAAUUACAGAGGCGGUUGAGCAAUAGUUUGAGUUUUACCUUUAACAAAACCUGACGGUAUGAGGAAUUGCUUUCAGAUGAAGUGCCAAGUUUCACCCCUACAACAGAAUGAACAGAUCCAUCUCCCCGUUUCAACACAGCUACACCUCCUCCCUUGCAAAAUUUAAGAUAGUGAAAUGUCCAUUCUUGUCAUGGCGAAAAUGCAAAUUUGUUUGAUCAUAUAUAACCAAGAGCAUGUACUUAGGACUUUGUGCGCUUUUACUACACCUUUGAUUGUACGAAAGCUAAAUUACCAUGAGAAAUUCAUCUAGCGACGCUAUACUUUUAAAAAGCCCAUACUCGCAUGAUAAACGUUGCGUCGCCGAAUCUCAAAACGACCCUGUUGAAAAAAGUUUGGAAAAAAUGAAUUAUGAUCACUAGCACGCUCAAAAUCCAAACCAAAAGCAGCUGGUUUGCAAUCCCUUGCGUGACGUUUGUUUUCACCAAACUUGGUGCAAUAUAACGAGAAAAAGAAAUGAAGAUCAUCCGAGAAAAG